AUGCUCGGCGUGCUGACCCCGCCCUCUGCUGACGGUCUCAACUUCGAGCACGUGCUGCGUCCGCCGGCCAGCACGCCGGCGCCCGGUCCCUAUUACGACGAGUACUUCUCGGGCAACGUCACCGUCCUGCUGGGCAGCGCCGCCAGCCUCAACUGCCGGGUGAAGCAGGUCGCCAACGCCACGGUGUCAUGGAUGCGCGCGGCCGAUGUACCGACGCUGCUGUCGGUGGGGAGCUACACCUACACCAUGGACAAUCGGUUCCGGGUGGAGCACAACCGGCACACCUCGGACUGGACCCUGAAACUCGAGCGGACCACUCACAACGACUCGGGCGUGUACGACUGCCAGAUCGGCACGACGCCACCGCUCACCAGGCACAUCUUUCUCACCGUGGUCGAGCCGGACACGGAGAUCCUGGGCGGUCCGGAGAUCUUCAUCGACCAGCAGAGCACCAUCAACCUGACUUGCGUGAUCGAGCACGCGCCCCAGCCGCCGGACUUCAUACUCUGGGAGCACGACAAAAAGACGAUCAACUACGACUCGGAGCGGGGUGGUGUUAGCGUGGUGACCACCAAGGGCCGCACGACGGUCUCGCAGCUGCUGAUUCGCGCCGCUCGGCCGCCCGACAGCGGGCGCUACACGUGCCGGCCGGCCAGCUCCAAGCCAGCCUCCGUGCGCGUGCACGUCCUCAAAGCCGUGUCGGAGUACGUACCGUCCGGCAUGUGA